AUGUCAAGUGUGGUGUUCAAUGCAAGCGCCGUCGGCAAAAAUACCGCCGAGCUAUUCCCCACAACAAUCGGUGGCGCUACGAAAAUGUAUCGCUAUCAGCACAUAAUGCCUGCACCGGAGCUGAAGUCGAGCAACGGUGGCGCCGCGCUGAUCAAGACACGCAAAUACACACCGCGUGGCAUGGCAUUGGCCAAUGCCUCCUCCAGCAACAGCAGCAACAGCUCCUCAUCAUCCUCCAGCUGCUCGUCGCCCUACAACGUCGAUCAGUCGCAAUCUGUGCAGCGCCGCAAUGCCCGGGAACGGAAUCGCGUCAAGCAGGUGAACAACAGCUUUGCCCGGCUACGCCAGCACAUACCCCAGUCCAUAAUUGCGGAUCUGACCAAGGGCGGCGGCCGGGGACCGCACAAGAAAAUCUCGAAAGUGGACACGCUGCGCAUCGCCGUCGAAUAUAUACGGCGCCUGCAGGACCUGGUCGACGAUCUGAAUGGCGGACCGAGCGCGAACAGCUGCACGCCAACGGCAGCCCAGUUCAAUUUGUGCCUGGACGAGACCAGCAGCCAGAGCUCCAAUUCGAGCAGCAGCUCCAGUGUCAGUUCCAGUGCCAGCCAGCAGCUGGCACAGCAGCUCUACUACAGCAGCGCGCUGCUAACUCAAGCCGCCACGCCCACAGCCCUGCAGCAGCAGCAGCAAUUGCAGCGUCAACAAUAUCCCAAUCAUCCGCUAACGCCAAUCACACUGAACGCCAACACUGCACAGCCAGCGAAUGCGGCGAUGAGUUCGGCAGCUACGACAAAUAUUGCUGGUGGCUGCCACUCGCCCACAUCUUCAUUCAACUCCAGCAUGUCCUUCGACUCGGGCACGUACGAGGCGCAGCCGCAGCAAUUGUCGCCUCCUGUGGCCGCCAUGGAUGCUCAGCUGCAGCUAAAAUUCGAGCCGUACGAGCACUUUCAGCUCGACGAGGAGGACUGCACGCCCGACGACGAAGAAAUUCUCGACUAUAUAUCGCUCUGGCAGGAGCAAUAG